UGUUCUGUUUAUUACACUUUCUGUUGGAAAGAUAACCUAAAACCGAAAUAAAAUACUUCGCCUUUGUGAGUUCUCUUACCAAUAUGUUUGCAAUAGAAGCUUCCACACCAUGAAAAAAAUCACUGACGCAUAAUACAACCACAAUUAUGGAUAUUUCGAGAAGCGUGAACGACACCAUUAGAGGGCGCUGGAAGUGGGAGGAUUUGUGUGGCGCGGACGGAUUUAAAUUUUGGUCCUCAACAACACGCGAUAUCGGAUUAUGUUUUGAGCAGCUUUGCCUUCAAAUACCCACCCUAGCAAUGCUCGCGACGGUUUCCGCAUUUUACUUCGGUCGCCAAAUUCACUACGUAAUCAGGGGGAAAACUCAGUUGCUUGCGAUUAAAAUUCGAUGCAUUAUUGUUUCACUUAUGGUUGCAUUACCUGUACUUCAAACAUACAUCGACCUAAACAAAAGUGAAACGCAGAUUGAGAGAAUUACGUAUUUUUUAACAACAGUGGACGGAAUCGCUUGGUUAACGCACUUAGGAUUUCUCCUCGUCCUAAGGAAACGUUUGGGACUAAGCCCUCGCGGUCCACUUUUUAUGUGUGUACUAUGGUGUCUAAUUGCAGUUUUAAGCGUGCUUUCCUUGCGCACUCAUUUUCUUAUAUACGAAGUUCAAGAUCCGAAAACAUUCAGUGCAUCUUUGGCUUACAGCUUCAGUAUUGUUCGUCUUAUUCUCCAGCUUUUGUACGGAUUAACGCUCAUCCCAGGUGAAGGCGAUACUGUUUACUUAACCUACACUCAUGAUGACGAAACUCAGGCGUUACUCACGACUAGCCCCUACAGCCGUUUUGUAGAGGAACGUGAUCCUCUUUACCUUGGAACCGCUAUGGAAGAUGAUAGUUGGUUUUCGAAGUUAAUAUUUCACUGGGUCAAUCCUUUAAUGAGGAAAGGGGUGGAUGGGCGCCUACAUCAUCCCGAUGAUUUAUACGAUCUUCCAGAUUCGUUAAAUACCACUACUUUGGGAUUGAAACUGGAAAAGGCGCUUCUUGGAAACAUCGAUGAUGUUCAGAAGAGAAUUGCGGAACAUAUUCAUGAGCCAUCUUCUGCAAGUCUCCCGACAACAUCAGAUGUUUUCUACCAAGGCAUCACAAGACCAAACGUAUCCUUAUUGAAAGCUUUACAUAGAUGCUUUUGGAUUCAAUUCUACGGUAUUGGCAUUUUAAGACUAAUUGCCGAUUGUGCCGGAUUCGCGGGACCAUUACUCUUGAAGAAACUCGUCAGCUUUAUCGAGGACCAAUCCGAAGAGAUGUACUUCGGAUAUUUGUACGCGUUAGGAUUAUGUUUAACCACUUUAUUAGCUGCAUUUUGUGAUACUCAUUUUAAUUUUUAUAUGGGCGUGGUAGGUUUAAAAAUCCGAGCUGCUUUAGUAACGACGAUUUAUAGAAAGACGUUAACUGCUUCGGGAACUGAUUUAAAUUUGUCAUUCUCAGUAGGAGAGAUAGUAAAUUUUAUGUCGACUGAUACAGAUCGCAUUGUCAACUCCUGUCCCAGCUUUCACGCAUUUUGGAGCAUUCCAUUUCAGUUGGGAGUUUCCUUAUAUUUACUGUACAAUGAAGUGGGAUUCGCUUUCUUAGCCGGGCUCGUGUUUUCCGUCUUAUUGAUUCCUAUAAAUAAAAUGAUAGCCAAUAAAAUUGGACAGUUAAGUACCAAAAUGAUGGAACAAAAAGACAGUCGCGUCAAACUUAUGACUGAGAUACUGAGAGGCAUACGGACAAUUAAAAUUCAUGUUUGGGAGCAAUACUUUCUUAACAGCAUAACACGAAUGAGAAAUGGCGAAUUGAAAUACUUAAAAUAUCGAAAAUAUUUAGACGCCCUUUGCGUUUAUUUUUGGGCAACAACGCCCGUUGUAAUAUCGAUUUUGACUUUCGGAACAUACGUACUGUUAGGAAAUAAAUUAACUGCAGCAACAGUCUUCACCAGCAUGGCAUUAAUCAAUAUGCUAAUAGGUCCACUUAACGCCUUUCCUUUUGUAUUGAACGGGGUGACCGAGGCGUGGGUUUCAAUUAAGAGAAUACAGCGAUUUUUGAACUUACAUGACUUAGAUGUAGAAUCGUAUUAUACAAAUGCAGCUUUAUUGGAACAUCCGAAUACGAGCUUAAUUUUAAGAAAUGCCUCCUUUGACUGGGGGAAAUCUCUGUCUGCGGAAGAGCGAGCAGCGCUUCAUCAUACUCCAAGGAAAAGCGUUAAGGAUAAGGGAAUCGGGAAAAAAUCAGAUAGGGGAGAAGGUAGUCCGCAGGAAACAUCGGGUGUUUUUAAAUUGAAUAACAUUUCAAUUACAAUUAGGAAAGGUGAGUUUAUAGGCAUUAUGGGUGUCGUUGGUAGUGGAAAAUCGUCAAUUUUCGCUGCUAUCCUAGCGGAAAUUUCUAAACAAGAUGGCCUUAUAGCUGCAAUUGAUUUAGAUCAAGGAUUUGGUUUGGUGAGUCAACAACCGUGGUUACAACGAGGCACAAUACGAGAUAACAUAUUAUUCGGCAAAACGUUUGAUAGAGAGAAAUAUCGGAACGUAAUUUUCGCAUGCUGUUUAGAGGAAGAUUUCCUACUUCUACCUGCUAGUGAUUUUACAGGAGUUGGCGAAGGCGGAGUGACGUUAUCUGGCGGCCAGAAGGCGCGAAUUGCUUUAGCAAGAGCCAUCUAUCAAGAUAAGUCGAUUUAUUUACUAGAUGAUGUAGUAUCAGCGGUUGACGCAAAAGUGGCUAAACACAUUUUCAAACAUUGUAUUAUGGGUCUUUUGAAGACAAAAACCAGAGUAUUAUGUACCCACCAUGUGAAAUACCUUGCACAGGCAGAUUCUAUUAUUGUCAUGGAAAAUGGUUCUAUUAAGCAGCAAGGCAAACCGACAGACGUGUUGCCUAAUAUAGAUGAAUUUCUUCCAAUAGAUUUAGAAUUGGGUAACAACAGUUUCCAGUCUGAUAAUUCAAGCUCAUUUGUUGACAGUAUUGACAGAGAAACGACCAGUAGGGAAGAUAGCCUACUGAAUGAGGAAAACCGCGAAUAUGGAACGGUGAAAGUUGGAGUUUACAUGGCGUAUCUGUCAGCAAUGGGUUCUAUACUGUCGGCAUCUAUUAUAUUCUCGCUAAUUUUAAUGCAGACAUCUCGUAAUGUGACUGAUUGGUGGCUGUCAUAUUGGGUCUCUAACGAUGAAAACUCAAACCACACCAAUUCCACUAGCUUUACUACCGAUCGCUUAGUUCUGAGCCAUCCGCACUUGAAGUUGUUCAGUGCAGAAGUUGACGACUAUUUGAUCGUAUAUGCUCUGUUAGCCAUAUUCAAUUCAUUUUUCACGUUACUUAGAGCCUUUUUAUUUGCAUAUGGUGGAAUAAUUGCUGCAAAGAGCAUUCAUAAGUCAUUAUUACAAUCUGUGAUAUGGGCCAAAGUGACAUUCUUUGAUGUCUCCCCACUUGGUAGAAUAAUAAAUAGAUUUUCUAGUGAUACAUUUACAGUAGACGACUCUCUACCAUUCACUGUUAAUAUUUUACUAGCGCAAUUUGUUGGUGUAAUUGGGUCAGUUAUUCUCACGAUUUAUGGACUUCCAUGGUUAUGUCUAAUUUUAAUUCCGUUAAUUCCUGUUUACCAUUGGUUACAAUAUUAUUAUCGCUUAACGUCGAGGGAAUUGAAGAGACUAUCAAGUAUUACGCUAUCUCCUAUUUAUAAUCACUUUACUGAAACACUGCAAGGUUUAGUUACGAUUCGCGCACUUCGAGCAACGCACCGAUUUCGACGAGAUAAUGAAGACAACAUCGAGGGCAAUAUGAAGGCUCAAUUUGCUAGUCAAGUCGCAGCGCAGUGGCUGAGUUUACGACUGCAAUUUAUCGGUGUAGCAAUGGUGAGCGGAGUUGGAUUCAUAGGAGUGAUACAGCAUCAGUUUAAUGUGGCAAAUCCAGGUUUAGUUGGUUUAGCGAUUUCCUAUGCCUUGUCCGCCACAAGCUUGCUUAGAGGCGUUAUAAACGCCUUUACAGAAACAGAACGGGAAAUUAUUGCAGUAGAAAGGGUUAGCCAGUACAUCGAGGAAGUAGAACCGGAAACCACGACCUCAAUAAUAGAUCCACCGUAUGCAUGGCCCAUUCAAGGUGUCGUCAGCUUCAAUAAAGUUGUUUUAAAAUACAGGGAUCACCUGGCGCCUGCAUUAAAGGGAGUUACUUUCGAAACGCGGCCGGCGGAAAAAGUAGGUGUUGUGGGACGCACAGGUGCCGGAAAAAGCUCUUUAUUCGUGGCUCUCUUUCGACUAUCUGAAUUACACAGUGGUGCAGUCACAAUAGAUUCAACAAACAUUUCCCACAUACCGAUAUCCGUUCUAAGAUCUCGCCUUUCUUGCAUACCUCAAGAACCGUUUAUGUUUAGUGGAAGUUUAAGAGAGAAUUUGGAUCCCUUGUGCAACUUUCCCGACUCCGAAAUUUGGGCGGCUUUAAGUAAAGUAGAUUUAACGCGAACUGUCAAAAGGCUGGGUGGAUUGAAUUAUCAAGUCACAUCUUCAGGAUCAAAUCUGUCAAUAGGUCAGCGACAGCUGUUUUGUCUAGCCCGAGCAGUUUUACACAACACCAAGAUUCUAUGCGUCGAUGAAGCAACUGCAAAUGUGGAUCAAGCGACAGAUAGGCUAAUACAGCAAACCUUACAUACUGCAUUUCGUAAAAGCACUGUCAUUAUAAUUGCGCAUCGUAUCGACACAGUGUUGGAUUGUGAUAGGGUGCUUGUAAUGGGAGAUGGUCAGGUUCUUGAAUUCGAUUCACCAAAUGAAUUAUUAGCUGAUCCAUCUACCCACUUCUAUAAGUUAGUGAAUCAAGAGUAAUUUUUCUAUUGUGUAUAUUUUCAAAUGUGAAUUUUAAUAUAUUUUAUAUGUAAAACCAGUAUUUAUUAUAAAAGUGUUACAUGAA